AAAAAAUUGUGGUUGACAAAGAAGCACAAGCUAUAGGGAAGACUGCAGUCUUGAGAGGAUUGUGAAACCAAGGACAUUUAAGAGCUUGGGUUAGAUUCCUAAGGGAUGGACUGCAGCUUUAUUUAGAGCUUUAACUGCCACCAAACAGAAGUAUCCAGUACAGGGACUACAGAAACAUUUGCUCCUUGUUUUAAUUUAUUUAUGGUCAAUUAAUCUGUUGGAAGUCUGUUCUCACCAAACAAAUUUUUUUUCCUUACUACAACAUACAAACCUAGAGUGAAAGGGAUGGAUUCUGCAUCUCAAAGGGAGUUUCCAUGUAACUAUUACCAGAAAGGUUUUCAAACAAAGCCAUGUUAACAGCUAGUUAAACCUUUACACUUUCAAAAGAGGCCUUUGUUAAAUUUACUGCUGUUUUCUCAGCCAAACACCAUUCAUGUCACUGUGCAAAAAUAAUGCAGGUGGAUAAUAUCAGGUGUGGUAAUUUUCCUGAUGCUGAGACCAUCAGGGUAAUUUUCAAACAACUAUGAGACAUAAGUCCGUUUGUUUUGUUUAUAGUUACGGCCUAAAUGAUUCAGAUUCAAACAAUAACUACAAUCCCAUUCAACCAGUUUAUUGAAGUUAGUCUUCGUCUUCGACGUCUUCGGCUUAUCCAUGACCUGGUCAUGGAGGCUGAUGAGACACCUAGACUCCUCUCUCCCCAGACACCUCCUCCAGCUCUUCUGGGGGAAGCCUGAGGUGUUCUUAGGCCAGCCGAGAGACAUAGUUCCCCAACCAAGCGGGUACUGGGCCAUUCCUUGGGUCUCCUCCUGGUGGAACAUGCAUUGAAUACCUCCCCUUUCUUGUAAAGAAGACCUGGAAAUACUUAAACUCCUUCACUUGAGGCAGGAACUCACUGCUGACCAGGAGAGGGCAAACCUCCCUUUUCUGGUCAAGUACCAUGGCCUCGGACUUGGAGGAGCCUCAUCCACAUUCCUGUUGCUUCACACUUGGCUGCAAACCGCCCAGAGAUCUUGGCCAGAGGAAGCCAUCAGAACCAGACUAUCUGCAAAAAGGAGAGACGAGAUCCACUGGUCCCCAAACCAGACCCCCUCCAGCCCUUGUCUGCACCUAGAUAUCCUGUCCAUGAAAGUUAUGAACAGGACCGAUGACAAAGGGCAGGCCUACCGGAGUCCAACAUGCACCGAGAACAGGUUCAACUUAACACCGGCUAUGCGAACCAAACUCCUUCUCUGCUUGUAAAGAGACCGGGUGGCCCCUGAUAAAAUGCCCCUGGCUCCGUACUCCUGGAGUGCCCCCCACAGGGCACCACGGGAGGCAUGGUGGAAUGUCUUCUCCAGGUCCACAAAACACAUGUGGAGCAGCUGUGCAAACUCCAAAGAACCCUUGAGCAAGCUUCAGAGGGUGUAGAGCUGGUGCUCUCCUGGCAGGCUGAGGAGUGUGAUCCCCUCCUGUCUCCCUUCUGAUGAAAAGGUUAUAGUUAAUAUAAUUUUAUAUUCUAAGCUCUGUGAAAGAAAAUGAAAAUCUUAUGAUGUAACAAUUCAAUCCUGUAAGACUCACAAUAAAUAGACACAUAGGUGGCGAUUAGAGAAGUUUAUUUACAAAUAUUUAUUUCUUUGGCGCCUGGACCCCAGAGGAAGACACGAUUGCUGAGAAUGACGUGAGUUUGAAUUAACUACUUAUGAAUAGAAUUAGAGAUUGUCUUCCCCCUAGGAUCUGACUGGUGGUGGGGUGGAGGCCUUAGGAGGUAGGGAAAUCGGGAGGAGCUAGCAAGCCAGAUGGUUGAGAUGGGGAGGAGGGUCACAGCUCAGCUUGAAGAGCGAGAAAGUCCAUGAGUGAAGAUCUUUAAAGCGGAGCCUUGGACGGUGAUUGACUGAAGAGGAAAUGCAGACUUGAUGCUGAUUGGCUGGAGCGGGGAUGCAUGGUGGAGUCGUUGAACGGAGCAGAGGAGGGGUUGACUAUCGGGACUUCAUCAUGGCUUCUCAGGGGCUUCAGAUCCUUGGUAUCCUGCUGUCCUUCAUCGGCUGGCUGGGCACCGUCAUCACCUGUGCUCUGCCCAUGUGGAGGGUUACAGCUUUUGUUGGGGCGAACAUCGUCACUGCGCAGGUGAUCUGGGAGGGCCUGUGGAUGAGCUGUGUGGUCCAGAGCACGGGGCAGAUGCAGUGCAAGGUGUAUGACUCCAUGCUAGCUCUGCCUCAGGACCUGCAGGCUGCCAGGGCCAUGGUGAUCAUCUCUGUGAUCGUCGGGGUGUUUGGCAUGCUCAUAGCUGUUGUCGGAGGGAAGUGCACCAACUGCAUGGAGGAUGAGGCAUCCAAAGCCAAGGCCUGCAUCGUCUCUGGUGUGAUUUUCAUAAUAACUGCCUUCUUGAUCCUAAUCUCGGUGUCCUGGUCAGCUCACACUGUCGUCAGAGACUUCUACGACCCUAUGGUGAUCGAGGCACAGAGACGGGAGCUUGGCGCUGGGCUCUACAUUGGCUGGGGCUCUGCAGGUCUGCUGUUUCUUGGAGGGGGUCUGCUCUGCAGCAACUGCCCCCCAGAGGAGACAAGACCCUACAUACCUGCCAAAUUCAGCCCUUCAAGAACGGUGUCAUCAACUGUGAACUAUGUGUAAGUCUCUUGGCUGCAGAGGGUUUUAAUUACUUUGAAAAAAAUUUCAUAAGUAAAAAACAUUCUAUUUUAUUGCUUACUUGUAGUUAUGUAGUCCUUUGGAUGGUUCAAAAAGACUUUAGCAAGGUUUUGAGAUUCAAUAAACUAUUUAGGCUUUUAUUUGAUCCAUUUUAUUUUUAAAUAAAGACUCUCUUAUAAUAAUUCAGUAAAGUAAUCAUCAACUUGAGUAAUAUAAUACACGAAAGAGAAGCAUCAACCACUCGACUUGAAGUCGGAAUCAGCCAAUCUUGUAAACGCUUUGAUUGAUGAUCAGAUCAAAUACUCAAAAAUCUGAUACUUUUCCCAUUCAACAAAUGCACCAAAACCAAGAACUCCCACCUUUAUUGAUUUUUAAACACAUCAACAAACAGCUUGUACUAUGAUACACUUUUUGAGUCUAAAAUGAAUUAAUAACCUUUGUUUUCUGAUUUUAAAGAAAACCAUAAAUAUUGGUCUGGAAAAGCCUGAUUAGUGCACUUCUAAUAUGGACUAACAUGUUCUGACUUCUAAGAUAUUGUUUCAACUUUACUAUUUCCAGAAAACCUUUUUAAAAGUAUUUUACAAAUGAGCUACAUAGCACAAAGGUCACUACAGGAUUUGUUCUGCUUGUGGUAAGACAUUAAAGAAUCCAGCUGAGAAACCUCCUGAGAAUUUACUGUAACUGUCUGAGAUGUUUGCCAUGCUGUAAUGGACUGCUCUUGUGUUGAGACAGGGAUUUAGCAUUUCUGUCGUGAGCAAAAUGGAUGUCACCAGCAGAGACAACAGAGGGCUGCGUAUGCUUGAAUCUCUGUUGCUGAGGAACAGUUUUAUGUGUUUAAAGAAUGGAUAUUUUCAUUUCGCUCAGUGAGAGAGCAUCUGCCAAGCCUUGCUAAGAGGACGACAUGUUUUAAACCUUUUUUAAUGCUCCUGAUUCAGAUUGACUGAAAUUCUGUUAACACUUGAGGUUUUCUUGAAUAUCAACUCUCUAUUUUUAUUGUUAAUGAAUGAUUUUUCUUUUAAACAUAUUAAUCCUGGUAGAAGAUGCACUUGUACAAUUACAAUGAUAAAGUGUACCUUUGUGUUUCACAAAGUGUUUUCUCUUUUUGUAUUUUACUUUAAUUAAAAAAGCAGUUUUGCAAAACACCA